GGAAGGGAGGGAGAAAGAGGGAGAGACACCCAUUUGCUCUGAGAUGCAGGCUGAGGUGGAUGGAGAAGGAGAUUGCUGCUCAUCUGGCUGCUAGGGAACAUCAUUUGACUGCUACAGAUCUGUUUGCUUGGAAGCCGCUUUGCACUUGGAGGUAAAAGGAACACUUCACAAGAUGCUCUGUUUUGUUCAUCCUGAAAAGUUGGAGAGCUCGGAGAAAUAGAAGAGAAUUAAGUUUGUCUUCUGGAGAAUAAUUCAUAGCUAAAAGUCUGCAAUUGCUCUUGGAGAAAAGGGAAAUGCAACACCCACUCUUGGGACAACCUGUCUCCAUGCUACAUUCAAGAUCUUUCUGGUCAAGCAGGAGAAAGAAUUAGUGUGCUAAAACACUCUGGCCUUAUACCCACCCUUUCUUCCUUGAUGAAGUAACCAAAGCAUUCAAAAUCAUAGAGUGUUUUUGUUUUAUCCUGAGGCAGAUGCAACGGCUGAUCUUUACUCUUAAUCCCUGACUUUCAUCCAGAAAGUGUAAGGAAGGGAAUUCCAAAAUGCUACAUGCCACUCUACUGCAAUCCUGUCUCCCAUCUCAGUCCAGCUCUUCUGCAGGAAGCAAAGCAACUCAAAAUCCACACAGUUCUAAGAAGCCCAUGGCUGACUCUGUAGAGAUCUACAACUGCGUGGGGAACCUGCAAGGCAAAGAGAAAGCAAGCCACCCUAUCUAUCUGCAAGUUGGGUCAAAUCAUCCUGCAAAGCAAAAGGAGCAAGAAAUGAAUGAACUAUCAGGAAAAGAAUCUUGGAGAGCUAACGAAAACCUGCCACUCCCACUCCAAAGAGACGGCAUUGGGUUGGCCUCAGAAGAUGGGUGCCCUGUGACUAAAGACUCUCCAAGGCAAGCUUCUGGUUUGCUCCAUUCUGCGUUUGGCAAGCCAGGUGACCAAGGUCAAGAAUGGAAGGUGGUGAAAGUGAAACGAGUCCUUAUUUCUCCUGUCGGUGAGCCCAGGAAACCAAAUAUUUUAAGAAGUGCAAGUCUCUCUGAAAAAGAGCUGAAGGAAGCCAAAGCCAGGAGCCAGAGGAUUGCCGCCCAGUUGACCACCCCACCCAACCCCAACUCCAAAGGAGUUCUCUUGUUUCACAGGCGCAAGCAGCGAGUGAAUGCAUUCACCUUAGAAACCCCAAAAGCCACCGAUAGAGAACUACCUGCUGCUGACUCCACCUGCAGAGCUGUUACUCAGCACCAAAACAUCCCAAGUUAUGGGAAAGAGUCACAUUGGAAGCACAUCUUAAGAGACAACCGAGGACUCAAAGGUAGCUUACCUGGCACCAAGGAUCCUGGGUUGUGGGGGCAAAAGAGCACCAUGGAAAACUUACCUGGGUUAGAUAAUAUGCAGGACACUCAGAGAAAUACAAUUAAAAGUGAGGAGAGUCUUUCCACAAUGAACCCAACAUUGUCUUCUGAAGAAACUUCACUUGAAGAAUUUCAGCAAAUUCCUCUUAGUGUCUACUUAAAGGAGAAUACAGGGAUGGUCUCGACCAAUGGAAUGCAUGAGCUUUUCACCAAUGAGAUUGGAAAAGCACCUGAUAACCAACACACCCCAGUCAUCAGCAAUAUAGAAAAUAUACCACCAAUUAUUGAUGACUUUGCUGUGCCUGCCACUGAUAGUGAGAAUAACAGUACAAUACUUGGAAAAGAGCUGUAUGUACCACAGGCAGACAGUGAAAAUAAUGUUCUUGCAAAAGAGCCAUAUUUACCAGUUAUUGACAGUGAGAAAAAUAGUCAUAUCCCCAUCGAAGAGUCAUAUGUACCUAUUACUGACAGGGAGAACAAUAUCAUUCUUGAGAAGUUGGGGAGUGAAACAGUUCUUGACGGGAAAGAGAAUGGAGAAAUUAUUCGCAAAGACCAGGAUGUGGCGAUUGUUGCUAUUGAGAAUGCUUUUCCUAUCACUAACAGCGAGAAGCCCAUUCUAAUCACUGACUUGCAGCCCAGUGAAACUCAAACUCACACUACUAAUAAACAGUACUGUGAAGUACGCUUGACUUUGUCUAAACCAAAUCCCGUGAAGAACCGAACUGCAAGACCAUUUGGGACACAGUCUUUGGUAGCAACCCACACACCAGAAGAGAAGAGUCCUGUGGUGGAAUGUCCUCCACCACCCACCUAUGCAGAAACCUUUUCCAGCCCUCCUCCAGUAACGAGAGUCAGGUCACCUCCAGCCUAUUCAGCCCUGUAUCCCAGUGAAGAACAGAAAGUCCCUGCUCCCCAAGAAGUUGAGUGUGAAGAUAGCAGGCCAGGACCUCUGCCGGGAGAGAACCGAGAACCACCUCCAGCAAAAACAGGCAUCCUUGAGGAAUCUGUGGCCCGCAGAUCAACCAAAAAAUCAAUGUUCACCUUUGUUGAGAAGCCCAAAGUGGCCCCAAAUCCAGAUCUUUUGCACUUAGUCCAGAGAGCAGACAGUAGGAAAAAACAAAAAGGACAAGGAGGAGCAAUUGCUGAGGAUGAACCAUUUGCUUUGGGAGCAGAGGCCUCCAACUUUCUCUCUGAAAUCCGAGCAGUAGAUGGGCCCCUUCAGGCUCCUGCAGAUAAUAAUAAUGCACCAGAGUGGGCCUCAUGUUUAAGGUCACCAAGAAUACAACCCAAGGCUAAGAUCAAGUCCAACCAAGGCCUCUCAGAGGCAAGAGGAAAGGGGGCAGAACUAUUUGCUAAGCGACAGUCUAGGAUGCAGAAGUAUGUUGUGGAGUCCCCAUCGCAACCAGAUAUCACCAGGUCACCUUCGCCUACCAUUUCCCUCCCUCCCUCAUGGAAAUAUGCCUCAGAAAACCAUCUCUCGCCUAUAGCCUUCCCCCAGCCCCCACCCAGAAGUCCAGCCAGGUCUCCCAAAGUUUCUCAUGUACCUCUCUACCACAACAACAUGUCAGAGAGUGAGCUCUCCAAAAAGGAGCUGGAGAUCUCCAAGCAACAGCCAUACCAGACCCAGUCUUCCUUGUUCAUCCUUUCUCCAGUCAAAGAUCCAGUGAGGUCCUUACCAAAAGCUGCACCACCCCCAAAGCCUGUGGUUCCUGAACUCAGUUACAUGAGGCAGGCUUCUUGCCCAACAUAUCCCUUGCCACUUUCUCCAAUUUUGCAUCCAUCUGCCCAGUCAAGUCCAAGUACAUCAUUUCCUAGCUAUUUUGGCCCCUCAGCUGGGACUAUGUUGAUGCCUCAGAACAUCAGAACGAGCAUCGAAAUGUCGCCAGAGCCUUCUUUUGAGUACUCUUCUAGGAUCAUGUCGCCAAGAGCUAAAGGGGUCUUCCAAGCUCCAAGGCCUUCUUAUUCCACCAAGAAUGCAGGGAUUGAGCCUCAGGAAAGAAAGACAUCUCUGCCUGCUUCCCCCACAUGGACUCCACGGGUCCUGCGACGACAGACCAGCAGUUUAGAUGGCUGGGUGAGCCCAGCGCCUCCUUCUGAGCCUGAGGAGGGGCUCCUAGAUGCCUUCCGAACAGCCAGCAUCACGACCCCACCUCCCCCCAUGUCUCCCUCAUGGAGUGAAAGAUCUCUGUCUCCAUUUCGUCAAGAGACAGAUCCCAAGUCCAGCCGUCAGAUACAGGUUUUGCUUGCCAGAAACAUCAUCAAUGCUGCCCGGAGGAAGAGCUCCUCUCCCAAAGCUACAAGGGUAGAGAGUUUCCGGCCCUUCAGCCCACCUGCCACUUCUGCCAACAUGCCGUCCUCAUGUGGCAGUCCUAAGAGUGUGGGUAACCAUUCCCCAAGCCCACUGCAGUCUCCCAGGCCAGUGAGGAUGGAAGGAUACAGACGUGUUUCCCUCCCUGUCUCCACGGCUCCUCCACCAAUCAGUGCAUCAUCAAACAACAGUCCCAGGUUGCUAGGCAGCCAGUCACCAACCUAUAAAAGUCCACUACAGUCUCCAAAAGCAGUGCGAAUGAAUGGCAACAAGUACUUCACUCUCCCAGCCAACACUGGGGCUUCACUCUUCAAUGCAGCAACAUCCAAUAAUGGCCCAAGAGCAGCGGGGCCCCAUUCUUUCUCCCACAGGGAUCCAAAACACACAAUCCUAGAUAGUCACAGAAUCUUCACCGCACCAGCAAACAUGAGCAGAAAAUCGUGUCCCAGUCCAAAGAAUGUGGACGCCUGCUCCCCAACUAUUCCCAGCCCCCUGCAGUCUCCCAGAGUGACAACACAUUCCCCAGUGAAGCGUUAUACAUCCCUGUCACCCACCAACUCAGACAUCUCCCUUGACUCUGAAGACUCUGGGAUCAAGUCGCCCAGUAUUCGCAGCUUCAACAUUUGCCCUCGAGGUUGGAAUGGAAGCCUAAGGCUGAAGCGGGGCAGCCUUCCUGCAGAAGCACCCUGUUCCUCCUAAAUGUGGGACAACAGAAGUGAACUAAAAACCAGUCCCACUAAACAUGAUGAAGCCUCCAGAGGAAGGUGCUGGAUCUCCAAAAAUGUCAGACCUUCUUCCAAGCCUGCCAUUUUCUGGGAGAACUUUGAAGAAAAAGAGUAGAACUGGUCUAUUCGUGGGAAAGACUUCUCAUGGCAGACUUGCCCAAAGCAGAAAGAAAUGUGACUGACAUUAUAUCUCAGCACAAUAUAUUCCCCUAGGGACCCUUUAUAGUUCCUUCCCGCAUUGCUACAUUUGCUUGUGUAUUUGGCUUUCAUGGGCUCCAACUGACCUAUCUCCACUGGACUGGAGCCACUAGAGACAUCCUUGCUCAAAGGAGAUUAAUACGGCUUUGUCUGCUUUUGUUCUCUCUCUAAAAUAUCCUGUGAGAAGAGGACAAUCACACACAUACAGAGGAAGGCAUGCACAGACACAGACCCGCAGCAUAAUCCCCAGCAGACUGUCAGCAAAAGGCCAGGAGGCAAGGCCUGUGCCAACUUUGUGCCUGCCUUUCAUUUUAGUUGUAACUGUUUCUCCUUUACUCUGAUGGGGCCACAAGGCCUCUCUGUCUCCACUCCAGCUGCCUGGGGAAAUGAGUAUAGAGUGUGAAAAACAGAGGGAAUGAAGCCCACUCAGCAACUGUCUUUGCAUGAUUCCUCCAGAUGCAAAGCCUGGCAUUAUAUUGAUCAGGAGUGGGCAAAGUGUGGUGCUAGGGCUCCAUGCAGCCCCUUUUACAUCCCAACCUCUUCUGACUCAUUCAAAUACCCAUUUUUUUUUUUUACAAAAACAAAUGAAUUGCCACUACUGGGAACCUUCAGGAAUAGGGAUUGGCCUUUUCUAUAAGUCAUAGGGGGCCCUGCACGGUUCAAUAUUUUU